CAUAGCUACCACCCCUCCUCUUUAAAACCUAGUCUCUUCUCUUCUGAUGAACACACCUCAAAUCCUACUACUCAACACUGUUCUCGCAGUUUAAUUUGAUCUAUCUCCUCCCUUGUUCUCCCCGGCUUCUUCAAAAAGUGCUUUUAUUAUAAGCGAUUAAUUCGAUAAUACGGGGCUCUUAGAGAAAUAGCACCUGAUAGAAGAGUUGGGGGAGGCUAUACUGCUUCAUUGGAGAAUGAAUGGAAAAAAGGGUAGUCAUAGUAUUGAGAUUAACAUCCCUUGUUCUGUGACCAAAGUCAAACAGCAUGAAUCCAGCAAGGGAGAAGGAGGAGGAGAAGGAGGAGGCUUCUCCCUUAAGGCUUGGGUGCGGAACGUUUGGGAAUUUGCCAGAGAAGAUAGCAACAGAGUGAAAUUCUCACUGAAAGUGGGGCUGGCUGUGCUUCUUGUGUCUUUGCUUAUACUCUUCCGAGCACCUUAUGAAGUUUUUGGCACCAAUAUCAUCUGGUCUAUCCUCACUGUUGCCAUCAUGUUCGAAUAUACAGUCGGUGCAACCUUUAACAGAGGAUUUAACCGAGCUCUUGGGAGUUUGCUUGCCGGAGUCUUGGCCAUUAGUGUUGCUCAAGUAGCACUAAGCUCUGGACGCGUAGCUGAACCUAUCAUCAUUGGCUUUAGCAUUUUCAUAAUCGGAACCAUUACAUCGUUCAUGAAGUUGUGGCCAUCACUCGUGCCAUAUGAGUAUGGGUUCAGGGUCGUACUUUUCACCUAUUGUUUGAUCGUUGUUUCUGGGUAUCGCUUAUCGAUGGGAAACCCGAUGAGGACAGCAAUGGAUCGACUCUACUCUAUCGCCAUCGGAGGGUUUGUAGCUGUCUUAGUGAAUGUGCUGGUUUGCCCUAUUUGGGCUGGUGAGCAAUUGCAUAAGGAGCUAGUCAACAACUUUAACUCGGUGGCUGACUCACUUGAAGAAUGUGUUAGGAAAUAUCUAGAAGAUGAUGGGUCAGUGCACCCUGAAUUCUCGAAAACUGUUAUGGAUGAGUUUCCAGAUGAGCCUGCUUAUAGGAAGUGCAAGAACACAUUGAACUCAUCAGCAAAAUUGGAGGCUUUGGCUGUGUCGGCAAAAUGGGAGCCACCGCACGGCAGAUUCAGGCACUUCUUCUAUCCCUGGUCAGAAUAUGUCAAGGUGGCAGCAGUUUUGAGAUAUUGUGCUUAUGAGGUUAUGGCACUUCAUGGAGUUUUGCACUCUGAAAUUCAGGCACCCUGCAACCUCCGGAUUACAUUCCAAUCGGAGAUCCGAGAUGCGACGAGCCACGCCGCAGAACUGGUAAGAAGUCUAGGCAAAGACAUCAGCGACAUGAAAAGAAGCACCAGAACAUCCCUACUCAUGAAACUCCACAGCUCAACAGAGCGACUCCAACGCGCCAUCGACAUACACUCUUACCUCCUCACAUCGCCGUCUGAACCCCCGGACACCAACACCUACUCCAAGCCACUCACCAGGCUCUCUCUAACCUUGUCGAACACCUGCUCCGAUGUCACCAGCCAACUGGCUGAUCUCGACAGCAGCAAUAGCCUCGAGAAGAACUCGAGCCAGCAACUAAACCAAAGCACGCAGCAGCAGCAGACGGAGCCUAGCAAUUACCAUGAGCUGAUGAGGAAGCAGUCGAGGAGGCAGCAUUACUCAUGGCCACCUCGACAGGUUGAUGCUUUUGAAGAAGAGGGAUCGGCUGGAGACUUCUUGCCGAGGAUGAAGGCGUUGGAAAGCACGGCAGCGUUGUCCCUGGCCAACUUCACUUCGUUGCUGAUAGAGUUUGUGGCCAGGCUUGAUCACUUGGUUGAAGCAGUUGAUGAGCUUUCUAAACUGGCCAAAUUCUAACUUGACAGAGGGGAAUAUUAUGGCAUACAAAGGAAAAGCUCCACAUAUGCAGAUUUAAUACCAAAAAUAAUCAUGUAAAAUUGUGUUGCAGUUUCAAUAAAAAGGAAAAUCCAGAAAUAAGUUCCAAAAUUUUGACCUAUUUCCAAGGGAUUAUUCAUAAUACUUCUCCAAAGGAUCACUAAUUGUUGUAGAUGAAUCCAUCCUAAUCAUAUGUUUAAUCAUGUCGUUGAACAUGUGGCCACUUUAUGUUACGGUCAAGUGAAUUUGUGAUUUGUAAAUGAGAGGUCUAAGGUUCUAUUUUCGCCAAAGACGAAUUUAAACCACAUUAUUACUAGUUCAAUGUGAAGCUUAACCCCACCUCCUCUUAGUGUAGCGUAGAUAAUAUCAUUUCUUCAAAAAAAUAAAAAUAAAAUCAUGUCAUGUUCCGAGUUCACACGAAUUUGUCACGAACCGAGAAUCAUUAAGGGAAAUCGACCGAAACGAUCAAUUUACAAAUCCAUUAAAAUCAGAUACCAACAGCAUCAAUCAAAUAUUGGCGACAUACCGAUCAUUUAAUAAAAACUUUCAUGUCAACAAUUGAGAUUUGUAAAAUUAUCAUUUCAGCCAAAUUCCCCAAUUAACUAUCAAACCGCAAAUACCUUUAAACAUCAAAAACUUAACAGCAACUAAAUUGCAAGACAAACAAGCAAACCAAACACGGAAACGGAUUAUAAUGAUCUCAGAAAAAGGCUUUUAUUGCACCAGAAUUUCUGACAAACUGACCGACCCUACAGGCGGUAUAACCUUACCUGUAUUCACAAACAUACUGCUGGAACGACAGACAUUUUUACAGGAAAGAACACCAAUGACCUGACUCCUCAACUUCUAACACUAUGCCCUACCUUGAUAUACCCAUAACAACUGUUACACUAACAUCUUUUAAGCGCUUACGGGUUCUCUCCAUUUGAACCAAUGAAUGAGAACUGACUUCUAAUGUAUAUCAAAGGACUAAACCAAACUAAGAAACAUAGGACACAGACAUGCUGACUACCUGAGAAACACUUGCCAACCACUGAGACCGAAUCAAAGAACAAGAUAG